CCUUUUUGAUGUCAAUAUUCUUCUGGUGACACUGUAUGGCCAAAGGACUACCCAAAUCUCUGAAGAAUUAAAGUUGAGAGUCACCCGAGGGUCACUGGAGAGGCAUGUGAUGGAAGUGGAUAGGAUGUAACAUUUUAAGGACAAAGAAUUGCAUGGGGAAAAUCACAGAGAGGAUGGUGAUAUAUGACUCAGCACUUAGCACAGUGGCUGGCACAUAAUAGGUGCUUGAUAAAUGUUAAUUGAUAGACUGGAAAAGCAGGCAGACCAGUCAAAUAGCAAAGUAGUAGACCAAGAAGUAGUACAGGAAAAUGGAUCAUAUCGUCUAUGCAUUUACAAGAGUUUUCUGAAGGAAGAAUCCUGUAUGAUAGGUGGACCCAAUGUAGAGCUUUUUGGGGAAGAUAAAGACAAGAAUUUCACAGGAAAAGAAGAUCAACUUGACAUCAUUUCCAUGGCUGAGACGACCAUGAUGCCAGAAGAAAUUGAGUUGGAGAUGGCAAAAAUUCAACGUCUUCGGGAAGUCUUAGUCAGAAGGGAAUCAGAACUCAGGUUUAUGAUGGAUGAUAUCCAACUGUGCAAGGACAUCAUGGACCUUAAACAAGAGCUGCAGAAUUUAGUCGCCAUUCCAGAAAAAGAAAAAACAAAACUACAAAAGCAGAGGGAAGAUGAAUUGAUCCAAAAGAUCCACAAAUUGGUGCAAAAGAGAGACUUCCUGGUGGAUGAUGCUGAAGUAGAACGGUUACGGGAACAAGAAGAAGACAAGGAAAUGGCAGAAUUUCUGAGAAUCAAGUUAAAACCUCUAGAAAAAGUAACCAAAUCUCCAGCCGGCUCUCCAGCAGAGAAGAAGGCAGAACCUCCCCCUACCAAGCCUACGGUGGCCAAGACGGGCAUCGCGCUCAUUAAGGAUUGCUGUGGGGCCACCCAGUGCAACGUCAUGUAGCCCCCGGAGGGCUCUCCCGUGGCCUUGGGGCCGCCUCCACCCUCUCCUCGUCAAGGCCCCAUUUCACCGGGGCCAAAUGAAACAAAAACUUUCCAAGGCAGAAGGGAUGGAAGGCAAGCCCGAUUCUGCCUCUGGGGCCAUGGGCAUGGUGGGGCCCAGCCGUCAUGUACAGAGUGUAGCAAUAGGGAGUCCCUCACUGUUGCAUGGCCCUCCCCACGCGCAUGCUGAAUACAGGAGUUAUGUAUAGCAGUUUAUCCAACCAUUGGGAAAGAGCUGUCUUUUUAAAAGAAAAGUAUACAUAUAUACAGAUUAUAUAUAUAUAUAUAUAUACACAUAUAUAUAUGUAUAAAUCCCAUUGUGCAAACAAUCUGGGAGAGGGGCAUGUUCCCCGAGUGUGUACAAUUGUGAUUUUUAACAAUUUAGCACUUUAUAGGACUAGUCCCACGCCCCUUAUCUCGUAGGAACUGCCCCACCUCCUGUUUCCCACCUUGCCCUCCCCUGGGCGGCUUGGCCAACGCCCUGGGCGGACGGUAGGCUUCUGAGAUGCCAGCCUGCGUUCCCCCGUGGGAAGAUACUGAUCUUCCCCGUCACGGAACCCCCCAGACUAUGGACUCCUUGGGUCGGGGAAGAAGGGGAGGAGGGGACGCAGCUCCUGGGGCCACUGGCCGUUGGGCAUCUUCCUCAGUGUUGUUGGAGCGCGGGAGUGGCCAAUCCCUGCUCCCGUGUUCUGUGGGUCAUCUCUUCCCAGCCCAAGUCUCUCAGUAAAGCUCAGGUCCCCUUCCGCCAUUUUCUCUGGGUACCACCUUGUCUGCGCUUGGCCUCAACCCCAAUAGGGGUGAACCCCUCAAGGCUGAGGGGAGCUGAUCUACACGCUUCUCCUGGGCCUGAAUUCUAGAGGGCUGAGCCGGUCGGAGGGGAUAAAGGAUUGAUGGGGGCCUUCUACUCUGCCAGUGGGGUCACCAGAGAAGCUGCCACGAGGGUGUCCGUCUCAGCAGCCAGAUCUGAUGGGAGGAACAAGAGCGAGCCAACCAUCGGGAGAGUCGGCUGGACCCCACGUCUGUGUUCCGCUGUGCAGUGACUUAUUUUAAUCAGUCUGCCAAUUCAACCCAUGUAAAAAUCUCUUUGUACAUUUGCUGUAGCCGGCAGGGCACGGCUUGUGCAACAUCUCUAUGUGUGUGUGGCCUAAAUAGUUAUGUGACUCAAGACUUGAUGAUGUGCAAUCAUCCAUCUGGAAAAAAAUAAUAAAAAUGCAAACAAA